CAUGGUUAAUUUUCUAAAGGGGCCUGUGUUAACUAAAAAGCUGAAUAUAAGGCAAGGUAUUUCAAUCAUACACAAAGGUAAUUUAAAGUGCUUUACAUAGAAAUGAUAAAAAAACAACAUAGACACAUAAAAUUGAAAAGUCUUUAAAAAGGAGAAUUAUUUCAAAUGAUAAUGAAUGCAAACAGGGCUCUUAAAUAUAAAGAAACCAUAUUCACAGCUCUCUGAACAAAAAAUUAACUUUUCAUAACAAACUUUAAUCACCUAUUCAUAAAUUGAAGAGUCAUUGGGUGUGGAUUUAACUGCACAAAGCAGACCAUAAUCAACUGUACUCCGGACAAGAAUGAAUAAUGUGUGUAUUGGCUAUAGACCAAAGAGUUUCAAAAGAAAAAGUUAAUAAGACGAGCCUCGUUUUUAUAUACGACAAAAAACACGAAAAAAUAGGCUACCUAAAUAAAUUUUUGGAAUAUGUUUAUUUACUUUUUUAAGGUGCGUUAUUGACAAAAACUCAAGGAAACAUUGGCUGCUGAUGCCCUGCUAUUAAUGACUUGUGGCUGUGUGGUAAGAUGUGGGAGGGGCUUCAGACGAACUUUUGAGGCGUGCACUUUAUUGAUUCUGGUCAAAAAUUGAGAGUGAAGGUGAAUGUGAGCGUGCUUUUCGCAUAAUGCCGCUUUUCUGAAGCAACGAUGAUUUUUCCUCAAGGUUUCUGCUAAUUCAAUGCUUUUUCGUUUCAUGUGAUAUUUGAGAAGAAGAAUGGAUUGCCCGUGCGCGCGCUCCCAUCAGCAUGACAAGAACAGAGCCGAGAGCGCGCGCGACAGACAGAAUAUCACCAUUUCAAUCACAAUGUUGUUUUUGGUAACGCUUCUCCCGUACGCGCUCACGGCACACUUGGCCAUCAUAUCCCCCCAGGAUACGGUGCUUCGCAUUGGCUCGAGCUUGACAGCGGUGUGCACGGUUAGUGCCGAGCUGGAAAUAUCAGCUAGAUCUUUGUACUGGACACUGAACGGGAGACGCUUAGCUAGAAACACAUACAGGGUGCUGAGCUCAACCGAAUUAAGUGUCACACUACAUCAACUCAAUGGUUCAUUGCAGCAAUCGGGGGACAACCUGGUUUGUCACCGUGGAAACGGAGAAGUUUUGGCCGGAUCGUGCCUUUAUGUUGGUUUGCCCCCUGAGAAACCUGUCAACCUGACAUGCUGGUCACGAAACACCAAAGACCUCAGCUGCAGAUGGAGUCCAGGGAGUCGAGAAGAGACGUUCAUCAAUACCAAAUACAUCCUCAAGUACAAACUAAAAUGGUACGGUAAAGAAAAGGAUUGUGAGGAAAACACCGGACAGCAAUAUACAUGCUACAUUCCACGAGAUUUGGCUAUAUUUACACCGUAUGAGAUCUGGGUUGAAGCAUCCAAUCAGCUUGGAUCUGCCACAUCUGAUGUCACCACUUUGGACAUAUUAGAUGUGGUAACUACAGAUCCACCUUCUGAUGUUUACGUAAGUCGUGUCGGAGAUCUGGAAGAUCAGUUAAGUGUUCGUUGGGAAAGUCCUCCUGCCCUCAAAGACUACCUGUUUCAGGCCAAAUACCAGAUACGAUAUCGUCUGGAAGAGAGCGAUGAAUGGAAGAUGGUCGAUGAUGCCGGGAACCAGACAUCUUGCCGUUUAGCGGGUCUCAGGGCCGGCACGGUAUAUUUCGUCCAGGUACGCUGCAGCCCGGUCGGUAUCUAUGGCUCGAGAAAGGCCGGCAUCUGGAGCGAAUGGAGCCACUCGACGGCCGCAUCCACACCUGGCAUCGAAAGGUCGCAUGGUGGUUCUUGCGAUUCAAAGCCAAGUGAGCAGAACUCAACACUACGACGGGAGCUCAAGCAAUUUUUCGGCUGGAUGCGGAAACACUCCUACGGCUGCACGGACGUCAGCAUCAAACUCUACGACCAAUGGCGCGUCUGGCUACAGAAAGCUCAAAAAACGCACGACCAGGUUGGUACUACAAAACGGUAAAUCAUAGCGAAACUACAAAGAAUUAUCUGUAGUUUGUGGGGGCUCGUGACGACAAGGAUUUUAUCACUCUCCAGUGCUCGGGAUAUUACGUUUGGACGAGCCAAGACUUUCUAAAGGAACCCGCAAGAGUUUGGUGACAUGAUCUACUGUUCUCCUUCUGCUGUAGACCCAAACAAAAACAGCAAAGGAAGUGCUUUUGUCUCAGAUCAGAUGUGUUAUUUAUAAGGGCAUUAAAAUACAAAGAUAUUUUUUGAUAAUUGGGGCUUUUGAAGAUUCACGCAGCCCUACUCUGGAAUAACACUUUAACAACUUCCUGAAUUUUCUUCAAGGGAAACAAGAGAAAUAUGGUCGUGCUUAUUUAUGUACAUUGUAAAAAGCAACUUUUUGUAUGGGUAGUUUUGAGUGACUGAUACUGAAACAAUGUUAUUUCUUAAAUGUUAACAUAACUAUGCUAAUAGAGCUCUCUGAACAAAUUAUUUUACAUCAAAAAACAAUGUUUUCAGCAUACAUUGCGACAUUAAUAAAUUAUGCGGUUACUUGA